GCCGGGCCCGCGCACAGCGCCCGCAUGUACAACAUGAUGGAGACGGAGCUGAAGCCGCCGGGCCCGCAGCAAACUUCGGGGGGCGGCGGCGGCGGCGGCGGCGGCGGCGGCGGCGGCAACUCCACCGCGGCGGCGGCGGGCGGCAACCAGAAGAACAGCCCGGACCGCGUCAAGCGGCCCAUGAACGCCUUCAUGGUGUGGUCCCGCGGGCAGCGGCGCAAGAUGGCCCAAGAGAACCCCAAGAUGCACAACUCGGAGAUCAGCAAGCGCCUGGGUGCCGAGUGGAAACUUUUGUCGGAGACGGAGAAGCGGCCGUUCAUCGACGAGGCCAAGCGGCUGCGAGCGCUGCACAUGAAGGAACACCCGGAUUAUAAAUACCGGCCCCGGCGGAAAACCAAGACGCUCAUGAAGAAGGAUAAGUACACGCUGCCGGGAGGGCUGCUCGCCCCGGGCGGUAACAGCAUGGCGAGCGGGGUCGGGGUGGGCGCCGGCCUCGGCGCGGGCGUGAACCAGCGCAUGGACAGCUACGCGCACAUGAACGGCUGGAGCAACGGCAGCUACAGCAUGAUGCAGGACCAGCUGGGCUACCCGCAGCACCCGGGCCUCAACGCGCACGGCGCCGCUCAGAUGCAGCCCAUGCACCGCUACGACGUGAGCGCCCUGCAGUACAACUCCAUGACCAGCUCGCAGACCUACAUGAACGGCUCGCCGACCUACAGCAUGUCCUAUUCGCAGCAGGGCACCCCUGGCAUGGCUCUUGGCUCCAUGGGCUCGGUGGUCAAGUCCGAGGCCAGCUCCAGCCCCCCCGUGGUUACCUCUUCUUCCCACUCCAGGGCGCCCUGCCAGGCCGGGGACCUCCGGGACAUGAUCAGCAUGUACCUCCCCGGCGCCGAGGUGCCGGAGCCCGCCGCCCCCAGCAGACUUCACAUGUCGCAGCACUACCAGAGCGGCCCGGUGCCCGGCACGGCCAUUAACGGCACACUGCCCCUCUCGCACAUGUGA